AUGGAGCGAAGAACAGUGUCAGUCAAAGUCGACACCUGCUGCAGUGGAUAUUCGGAGUCGAGAGAAGAAUGCAAGCCGGUGUGCCAUCCCGCGUGCAUCAAUGGAUUUUGCGAGAAGCCAAACUCGUGCAAGUGCGGCGCUGGCUUCGAAGGAAAGAUUUGCGAAUCAGGUGAGAAAACUAUGAAAGCCUUUCGCCAUCGCAUCAAACGUUCGAGAUGUGGUGCUACACGAGAAAUUUGUGAUCUGAAUCAUGGUUCACUCCUUUCGCAAAUAGCUUGUCGGGCUGGGAAGUGGGGAGACGGUUGCAAAAACGAAUGCAAUUGCAAAAAUGAGGCAAAAUGCGAUCCUUGGUCUGGAGGUUGCAGCUGCAAUAUAGGAUGGAUAGGAAAAUAUUGCGAAACACCUUGCGGAGCAGGCAUGUACGGCAUCAAAUGCCAACAAACGUGCAGAUGUAAGAAUUCUGCAACAUGUGACCAUGUCACAGGGAAAUGCACUUGCGCUGCAGGCUGGACCGGACCAGUUUGUGACGAGCCCUGUCCAAAGGAUACCCAUGGAAUGAGAUGUGCAUCUGCAUGUCUUUGCAAGAACGAUGCGAAGUGCGACCACAUCUCCGGGAAAUGCACUUGUUCUCCUGGUUGGACUGGAUCCAUUAAUUUAUGUCCAAAAUGUGAAAUGACGUGUUCGUUUUCCUGCUUAGUUGCACCGUACCUUGCCCGAAAGGUACAUUUGGGGAGCGAUGUUCAUAUCGUUGCCUUUGCCAAAAUGAGGCGAAAUGCGACCAUGUCGGUGGGAAUUGCACUUGUGCUGCUGGCUGGACCGGACCAGUGUAAUUGCGAAAGUCCCUGUCCAACGGGUUCCUAUGGAGUAAGCUGUGCAUCUGCAUGUCACUGCAAGAACGAUGCGAUAUGUGACCACAUCUCCGGGAAAUGCACAUGUUCUCCUGGUUGGCAUGGAUCCACACGUUCGUUUUCCUGCUUAGUUGCGCCGAGCCUUGCCCGGAAGGAACAUUUGGCGAGGGAUGCUCGUCUCGUUGCCUCUGCCAAAAUGGGGCGAAAUGCGACCAUGUCACUGGAAAUUGCACUUGUGCUGCAGGCUGGACCGGACCAGUGUAAGUCCUUUUCAUUUCAUGACUCAGGAGGAGAUACUAACAUUUCCGCUGUAAGCGUGCAAAUGGGACAUCCUUUUUUGUUUUGUUUUUUUUUCUGGAUAGUUGCGAAAAGCCCUGUCCAACGGGUUCCUAUGGAAUGUAAUGUGCAUCUGCAUGUCCUUGCAAGAACGAUGCGAAAUGUGACCACAUCUCCGGGAAAUGCACUUGUUCUCCUGGUUGGACUGGAUCCAUGUGAGUUGCAUCUUUCGAAUCUUCCGGAUAGUAAUUUAUGUGCAAAAUGUGAAAUGUCGUGUUCGUUUUCCUGCUUAGUUGCGCCGAGCUUUGCCCGGAAGGAACAUUUGGCGAGGGAUGCUCGUCUCGUUGCCUUUGCCAAAAUGAGGCGAAAUGCGACCAUGUCGAUGGGAAUUGCGCUUGUGCUGCUGGCUGGACCGGACCAGUGUAAUUGCGAAAGUCCCUGUCCAACGGGUUCCUAUGGAGUAAGCUGUGCAUCUGCAUGUCCUUGCAAGAACGAUGCGAAAUGUGACCACAUCUCCGGGAAAUGCACAUGUUCUCCUGGUUGGCAUGGAUCCACUUGCGCCGAGCCUUGCCUGGAAGGAACAUUUGGCGAGGGAUGCUCGUCUCGUUGCCUUUGCCAAAAUGGGGCGAAAUGCAACCAUGUCACUGGAAAUUGCACUUGCGCCGCAGGCUGGACCGGACCAAUUUGUGAAGAUCGUUGUCCGAUCGGCACAUACGGCGAAUUUUGCGCAUACUCUUGCGCCUGCGAGAAUGAUGGAGUAUGCAACCACAUCUCAGGAAACUGCAGCUGCACGACAGGCUGGAUCGGCGAAUUUUGCGAAGAACCAUGUCCAAAUGGCCACUGGGGGCUUCAAUGCAGGAAUGAAUGUACAUGUCUGAACGAGGGGAUUUGCAGUCCGUUGAAUGGCUCUUGUCAUUGCUCCCCUGGCUAUCGUGGAGAACAGUGUGAGUUAAAAUGCCCAAGUGGUCGUUACGGCGAGGAUUGUCAUGGCGUUUGCCUGUGUGAGAAUGAAGGGACAUGCUCGCAUAUCGACGGCACAUGCAUAUGCAAGGAUGGAUGGACUGGCCAAUACUGCAAUCAACGUUCUUGCCCCGAUCACCUCUAUGGACUCAACUGUUCCAAUGCUUGUGAUUGUGUAUUGGACAACACUGAAAUGUGUCACCCAUGGAGUGGCGAAUGUUUAUGUCUGCCUGGCUGGGAUGGUCCGAUUUGUGCCACUCCUUGUCCGUCAAAUUCAUUUGGGAAGAACUGUGAAUUCGUGUGCGAAUGCAAGAAUAAUGCCUCCUGCAAUCACGUGGAUGGCUCUUGUGUUUGCAACCCUGGUUACAUGGGAUCAUUAUGUGAAGAUGAGUGUCCAAGAGGAAAGUUUGGACAGGAUUGUGCGCAAACAUGCCAAUGCGAAAACGAUGCCUUAUGCUUGCAUGAAGACGGAAAGUGCCUUUGUCAACCAGGUCGAGAAAUCGUUGCACUUAUAUCUUUUUUUUUCAAUAACAUCCCAAGUUGGCAAGGACAACACUGCGACACCAAGUGCCCUCUUGACAGUUAUGGCCUCAACUGCGAAGAGGAAUGUUCGUGCUACAACGAGGCCUCGUGUGACCACAUCACAGGCGCUUGCACGUGUGCUCCUGGUUUUAAUGGAUUGCGUUGUGAAGAUACGUGCGAGCUCAUGAGAUUUGGAUUCAACUGCUCUCACGUGUGUGAGUGCGAGCCGGACACCACUGAAGUUUGUGAUCCAAGGGCAGGUUUUUGCCACUGCAAGCAAGGCGCAUAUGGUGUUCGAUGUGAGCAUCGAUGCGGAAACGGUCUGGCUGGCGAUAUAUGCAACGACCGUUGCAAAUGUGGCAACAACUCUUCCUGUCAUCUACUUACUAUGAAAUGCGUCUGCGAUAACGGAUGGACUGGCCACAGCUGCGAUGAACCCUGUCCCCCUGGUUUUCAUGGACCGGAUUGCAAAGAGCGUUGUCCAGAAUGCCAUCAUGCGAUUGGAACGUGUCACCACGUGACUGGCCAUUGCAAGUGUGAGCCUGGUUAUAACGGGCAGACAUGCAACGAGACCUGUCCAAUCGAACAGUUCGGGAACGAAUGCCAAGAAAACUGCACCUGCGAAAAUCACUCUGGCUGUCAUCACAUCACUGGUCGGUCAUGCUUGCAUGCUCCGUCUCAUAAAUACCCUGAGGAGACUGCGUCUGUCUGCCUGGAUGGAGAGGUGAGAUGUGCGAGGAACCUUGCCUCGAAGGAACUUUUGGCCUACACUGUCUUGAAAAUUGCACCUGUCAGAACGGCGCUGAAUGCAAUGCUACCGAUGGCCAGUGCAAGUGCCUCCCCGGAUGGGUGGGUCUUGAGUGCGAGGCAGUUUGUCCCGAGGGAUUCUUCGGAGAGCUGUGCACCAUGGAAUGCCAAUGUCCCAAACAGAACUUUCUCUGUGAUCACGCAGCAGGCUGCAUAUGCAAAGCGGGAUUCACAGGUCUGUUUCAAAGCGGAAAUUAGGAAGCCACGAUCUUUCCUCUUCUCAUCUUCGAAUUUCAUCCCGUAUCCAGGCAAUGACUGCGAGACUCCCAUCGCUCUCGAGUCCCUGUCGUUUUUUAGCUCGAACGGCCCAGGGCUCAUUGCUGCCAUUAGCGUGACAGUUCUCGUCCUCAUCGGGGUCGCUGUUUACAUUGCGCAAAGACAACGUCGUAUGAAGUACAAGGCCAAAAGAGUCCAAAUCCCCGUCGCUCCUUCACCCGAUGUGUGCCCAAAAAUAGAGCUCAUCGAUUGCAAAACGAAGAAAGAAGCCGACCAUGCCAAUACAAAAUUAAAUUCCAAGAUUGGCGGAGAAAACGACGAGUAUUUUCUUCCUCAAAUCCCCAACACUGAGACUGACUUGUUUGACGAGGUUUGUCAGAGGAUCCCCGAGGUUCUCGAUUGGAGCUGCUUGAUGACCAACCAAUAUGUCCUUUCAUUCAUGUUCAUCACAUCUUGGUCAUCUUGGAAGGAAGCAAUUGAAACCAAAUGGAAUUUCUCUCUUUCCGGUAUUGUCAAAAUGGAGGAACGUGUGACCCAAUCACAGGAAAUUGUACCUGCACGGAAGGUUGGAUGGGCGACGAUUGUGGAGAAUCAUGCCCGAGUGACCGCUGGGGACUUGAAUGCAACUAUCAUUGCGACUGUCAGAAUGACAGUAUUUGCAAUCCAUCAAAUGGCAGCUGCUCGUGUACUCCUGGAUUUGGAGGAAAACAGGUUUUAUUGUUGCAAGAUGCAGUGCCGACCUGGCUCGUAUGGUGAAGAUUGCGAUGUAGAAUGCUUGUGUGAGAACGGAGGAACAUGUUCGCCCAUCGAUGGCAACUGCACAUGCAACGAUGGAUGGACUGGCCAAUACUGUAAUGAACGUUCUUGUUCCAAUCACCUAUAUGGCCUCAACUGCUCCACAAUUUGUGAUUGCGUAUUCGACAACACUGAAAUGUGUCACCCAUGGACAGGAGAAUGCUUGUGCCUGCCAGGCUGGAAUGGUACAACUUGUGCCACUGCAUGUCCAACUUAUUCAUUUGGAAAAAACUGUGAAUUCGUAUGCGAAUGUAAUAAUAAUGCUUCCUGCAAUCACGUGGAUGGCACUUGCGUUUGUAUCCCUGGUAAGUUCGCGAAUUUGCAUCAUCUUCCUCGAAGCCUGUAUUUUUGGAUGAAUGGACUGAGAUCUUUACUCUCGAAAUCUCCACCUCUCAUGCCUUGGUUACAUAGGGUUUUUCGUGUUUCAAAGUUUGGGAAGUUUGGUCUGAAUUGUACAUACACAUGCGAAUAUGAAAACGAUGACAUCUUCUUGCAUGACAAUCGACAGUGCAUUUGCAAACCAGUUUUAAAGUCUCUUUCAAGCUUCAUUCCUAAAUUUCGUUGGGAAGGACAGCACUGCAACAUCACGUGUCCCCUUGGCAGUUACGGACUGAACUGCAUGGAGAACUGUUCAUGCUACAACGAUGCCACAUGCGAUCACACCACAGGUGCUUGCACGUGUGCUUCUGGUUUCAAGGGACCACGAUGUGAGGACACUUGCGAGCUCAUGAGCUUUGGUGUAAACUGCUCACAAGCAUGUGAAUGCGUGCCAGACUCCACUGAAGUUUGUGAUCCAAAAACGGGUUUCUGCAGCUGCAAACCAGAUUAUUAUGGUGAUGUCCUCAUAUUGUUUCGUGUGCGAUGUGAGCAUCAAUGCGAAAACGGUCAAGCUGGCGAUCCAUGCAACGACCGUUGCAAAUGCGGCAACAAUUCUUCGUGUCAUCCGCAAACAGAGAAAUGCGUCUGUGAUAGCGGAUGGACGGGUAAGAGCUGCGACGAACCGUGUCCCUCUGGUUCCUACGGAGGAGAUUGCAAGGAGACCUGUUUGGACUGCUCCCACGGCAGACGAUCAUUAUUAAAUGGACGGAAUUCAGAGCAUUAUUAUUUCACCAUGUUGACGGAAAACACCUUUUUCUUUAAGAAAAUUGAAUUUCUCAUUGUUCUCACUGUUUUACUCUGGAGCUGGAAUUAUUUUUCGGAAUUAAGAAUGAAACUAAUAUUACUCCAUUAUUCAGCAAUAGAAGCGUGUCACCAUGUGACUGGCCGAUGCACGUGUCAGCCUGGUUACAUCGGCCGGACUUGUGAUGAGGUAUGUCCAAUCGGACAGUUUGGGAAUGAUUGCCAACAAAACUGCACCUGCGAAAACCACUCUGGCUGUAGUCAUAUCAAUGGUCCGUCUUAUUUACAUCUUCCAACACUUAAAUACAUAUCAAGUGACUGCCUCUGUCUGCCUGGGUGGAGAGGUGAUAUGUGCGAGAAACCUUGCCUCGAAGGAACAUUUGGCCUUCGCUGUCUUCAGAACUGCACUUGUCGGAAUGGCGGCAAAUGCAACGCCACCGAUGGCAGGUGCAAGUGUCUUCCUGGAUGGGUUGGACGUCAUUGUGAGGCAGUUUGUUCUGACGGAUAUUUUGGAGACGAAUGCACCCAACAAUGCCAAUGCCCCAAUAAGAACUUCUACUGUAACCACACGGUUGGCUGCACGUGCAAAGAAGGAUACGCAGGCAAGGACUGUGAGAAGCCUUUCACUCUUGAAUUGCUAGCGCACUCUAGCUUCAGCAGCGAUGGAUUCAUCGCCUUCGUGUCUGUGAUAUUCCUUCUCGUCCUCAUAAUCCUCACGCUCAUGGUCUUCAUCGCUCGGAGAAUCCACCACAGGGAAAUCAGUAGAUUCAAAACCCCUACAAGUCCUUCUCCCGAGCUCAAAGCAAGCAGGACGGGUUUGGAAGAAGUAGACCUUACGGAACCUGUGCCGAAUUCAAAUAUCGAGCUGAUGAACCCCGAGGUUUCUCCUGCACGCAUCAGUGAUACCGAGAGCCUGCGAUAUGCUCACCGCAAUGGCUCUAGUCCCAUCAUCCAGGGUUGCCGGAAAUCAUGUCGGCGUUGUCAGACUCAUGACUUCUUCGGCCUUAUCAUCGUUGUCUGA